AGUUCUCUUAAUACAUCAAUGGGGCAAAGAGCAACUUCUUUUGGACCGGUCACUUGCUGUGAGCGUAAAACUUGAAGAAGGAGAAGGAGAAGAAAAUCAUUCCCCGGUGCUUCUCUAACAUCUGUCGGCAGGAAGCGGCGGUGAUUAUUACCAGCAUACGACAGGGCAUAACGUUAGCUGUCCAGUCUCUUCACGAUGUCCCGAAUUCUGAACGGUAUCGUGGCGGUAUGUCCUGACCUGGGUAUCGGAAACAAUGGAAAUCUACCCUGGCAUCCCGUUAGACUCAAUAACGAAUUCAAACAUUUCCGAAAGAUGACCGCGACGCCAUCUGUGGACGGCAAGCAGAAUGUGGUGAUCAUGGGCAGGAAAACAUGGUUUUCCAUUCCAGAAAAGAACAGACCUCUGAACAACCGAAUUAACAUUGUCCUCAGCAGGGAGUGCAAAGCGCUCCCUGCGGGAGCACACCACCUGGCGCGAGACUUCAGCUCGGCUCUCAGGCUGGUCGAUACGGAGCUGGCACAGCAGGCUGACCACGUCUGGGUCAUUGGGGGCAGCUCUCUCUACAAGGAGAUGAUGGAGAGUCCGGGAACCAGGAGACUGUUCGUCACACGAAUCCUGAAGCAGUUUGAGUGUGACACGUUCCUCCCUGAAAUAAGUUCGGACAAAUAUCGUCUACUGCCAGAGUUUCCAGGAGUGCCGCAAGAGCUACAGGAGGAGAAUGGUAUCCAGUACAGAUUUGAAGUCUACGAGAGCAUCCAGCAAUGAAGUGACAUCAGAAAAAAAAAACAGAACAAUGCAAAAAAUUAAAAACAAAAAUCUGAAAUUAAACCUGAACAUCAACUGAGGAAAAACAAUUUGUGUGGGUUUUCUAUUAAAACUGCAAGUGUGAAUGAAA